GCGCCCGCGGCUCGCUCUGGAAACGUUGGGCCGCUCCAACCGCGGUUAUUCCCGCCCCGCCCCUGGCGCCCUUUAGCGCGACGCCAGACUAGCCGGCUUUCCCUUCCGCGAAGACUUUCGUCUUUUCUCGCGCUGCUCGUGAGGCAGGGACCGGCCGAAUUCAACACUUCCCCUUAAAGCUCCCUGCCGGGACUCCGGCCUGGGAGCACGUGAAUGUGAAUGUGGGUGGGUAUAUUUGUAUCAGUUCUUCCCGCCCGUUCUUUCUUCACCUUCUCACACCUCACUUGUAAACCAGAUGUUUCGCCAACUACCAGAAUUAGCCAACCAGUUACGGAAGAGCGUGUUUUCCGACCCCUGCACACCUUUCGCUCCUCCUCCACGUGCACGCGUCGUUGAGACUCCAGCCUUCGGCGUGCCAUAGACCUCAGCACUACAAGCAUGCGCAGCGGUGUUGGGCGCGCUACCCGCCGGGAGUUGUAGUUCUUGGGCAUUGCAGACAUACUGGAGCCACCCAGGCGCUGGUUGGAAUUCUGGUCCAGCCUGGUUUUUGCUUCUGGGUUUAUUAGCAUUCCAUUGGGUAUUGCGCUAAAAGGAAGAGGCGGCACAUCCAGAGCAGAGACGGGAAUAGACGUCGACUGCUGCCCGAGUCUCUCUCUACUAGAAGCGAACGCAUCGGCACGUUGUACUACUACCUAGAGGAGUGAGGAACUGGGCACAGUGGACCCCUGUCCUCAGGAAGUGGGGACUGUGCGAUUCCAGUCGCCGGAAGUGCUGUUUCUGUGUUCCUGGUUGAAUUUGUAGUUCAGCUUUUCCGCCGCGCGACGGUGGCAACACUUUUGCUUCAAAUUCAGCUAGUCCAAUUAGUUGUAAAAAUAUAUUAAUCAGAACUGCAUCUUCUGGAACAAGACUCUGAAUAGAGACCAGUAUGCUUCACUUCAUCCAGAAAUUUUCUGGAGCCUCUUCAAAGAUGCUGAAGUACCCUUCUACAGUGAUACGCAGAGCCAACAGAAUAGAUAUACUUUCUUCCAAGGCAUCUCUUCAGCAAAACCUUUCCCCUUUGUCUCCAAGGACUUGGCUUUCCAUAUCAUUCCAAGUGUGUAUGAAGAAGAUACAAUGCUAUCAUGCAUCACCAUGCAACUUUAAAAGACAUCAGAAGGAAGCAGUCGUUCCCCCCAGGCCACCAAGCACCAUCACUUACCUACCCUAUAGCCCAAAGCCAGCAUUAUAUAUAAGUUUGGUGGGGUUAGUCCCCUUUAUUGCUCCACCACUCACUAUGGUCAUAACAAAGUCUUAUAUCCCCAUACUAGCUUUUACUCAGAUGGCUUAUGGAGCUGGUUUCCUAGCUUUCUUGGGAGGGGUCAGAUGGGGUUUUACUCUGCCAGAAAGUAGUCCAGCCAAACCAGACUACAUUAAUUUAGCUAGCAGUAUGAGUCCUGUUCUAUUUUCGUGGAUUGCCAUCCUCUUUUCUGAAAGACUCAGUGAAGCCAUAGUCAUAGUAAUAAUGGGCUUAGGGAUAGCAUUACAUAAUGAAAUUUUCCUCUUGCCACAUUAUCCCAACUGGUUCAAAGCCUUAAGGAUAGUAAGUACUUUAGUGGCUUUUUUCUCAUUUAUAGUCACUUUACUACUUAAAAACAUUUAUCCAGAAAAAGGGCCCAAGAGAUUUAGUCAACUAGAAAUGUAAAACUAUUUUGCAAUGGAAUAAUCCUGCAUACUGUGAAGACGUGUUCCUCUCAUUGUUAAUAAAAAAGCGCAUUAGCCAAUGGCAAGCCAGGAUUUUUCAGGGCAGAGAAUGUUGGGGAGAAAGGUGGAGUCAGAGGACACACCAUGAGACUUAAAGUGAGCAGGAUGGGAAGUAAGUACAUGAGAUAAAUGAGCCCCGGGGCAGCACACAGAUUAAUAGAAAUGGCUAACUUAAGUUAUAAGAGCUAGCUAAAAACAAGCUUAAGCUAUUGGCUGAGUAUUAAUAAUUAAUAUGGUCUCUGUGUGGUUAUUUUUACUGGUAGGACUGAAAAGUCUACUGAUAUUAUUUGCUACUUGGCUAUAAGUUUUAUAAACCUGAAUUUUUUUUUAAGAUUAAAAAAAUUUUUCUUAGUUA